AUUACUUUAUACCUUUUGACUCAAUUGAAUAAUACACAAUGGGCUCCAUCUCCCCCCUCGAACCGCUCUUCCAGCCCCUUCGCCUGGGCGCCUUCGCGCUGCAGCACCGCGUCAUCCAAGCCCCCUGCACGCGCAUGCGCUCAACCAAAGAGUCCGACGGCGUCUGGGUACCCAAUGACCUCAACGUGCAGUACUACGAGCAGCGCGCAUCCAAGGGCGGGCUGAUGCUGACCGAAGCGACCCCAAUUAGCCACGAAGCAGCAGGAUACCCCGGCGUCCCGGGGAUAUUCACGCCCUCACAAAUCGCAGGCUGGAAGAAAGUCACCGACGCCGUACACGCAAAGGGCGCUGUGAUCCUGUGCCAGCUGUGGCAUGUUGGUCGUGCCACGACACCGGGGUGGUUAGGUGGACGUCAGACCGUCUCGUCUAGCAACAUCCCUAUAUCUGGCAAGGCACUGGAUGGGUCCGAGUAUGCCGAUGCCCCGCCGAGGCCGCUGACAGUCGACGAGAUCAAGCAGACCGUGGCGGAAUACGCCGCUGCGUCGAAGCGGGCGAUCCAAGCUGGGUUUGACGGUGUUGAAAUACACGGCGGAAACGGGUACUUGCUCGACCAAUUCCUGCACGACAACGUCAACAACCGCACCGACGCAUACGGCGGGAGUAUCAAGAACCGCACCAAGAUCGUGCUGGAGAUCAUCACCGCCGUAACGGGUGCAAUCGGCGCAAACCGCGUGGGCAUCAGACUCAGCCCGUACAAUUACUUCCAAGAUACACGGGACUCGAACCCGCAGAAACACUGGGGGUAUCUGUGUGGUGCGAUUGCGGGUUUGCCUGAGUCGGCUCGCCCGGCUUAUGUACACAUGAUCGAGCCGCGCUUUGAUGAAGUGCUUGACGAGGCUGCAAAGAUCCAGGCGCUUGAGAAGACGCAGGAAGUUGUUGUGCCUUCGCUGGACUCGUUCCGUGCUGUGUUGAAGAAGGGUGGUGUUGGGUUCAUCGCGGCGGGCAACUUCAAGGCGAAUAAUGCCGGGGAGAAGCUUACUGGCGAUGGAGCUGAUGCGGUGGCCUUUGGGAGACUGUUUAUUUCCAAUCCAGAUCUGCCCAGGAGAUUGCAGGAGGGCCUUGAGUUGAACCAGUAUGACCGGGAUACAUUCUAUGGGGCGAGUCCCCCGGAGAAGGGCUAUACAGACUACGCAUUUGCUUGAUCAAGGUCCAUAGAGAAUACACAGUAGAAAGCAGUUGAAAUCAUACAUUACAGUUUACAUUAACCCAACCCAACCAACACCUUCAUAGCGUCAUGCACCAUCGCCCACCGCACCGUCGCCAACUGCUGCGCCAUAGCCCUAACCAACGGCCUCGUAUCAUACUCCCCAGCCAACGCCGCCAAUUCACCCCCAUUCGACGUCGUCAUGGCCACAAUCAAUGACGACAGAUCCGUCGGUCUCGGCCUCUGUAUCCCAUCAUCCCGCAUACCCGUAUGAAACGCCCACACCGUCAACGUAGCAAGGUACAGACACCACGGGAAAUGAAACGCAUCCGUCUGCUCCCAAUCAUGCAAACUCAGCACGGCAUCAUGGAGAAGAAACGCCGCAUGGCGAGACGCAGCUGUACACUCCGACCCAGGACCAGAUAGCCAGCGCGCGAGCAUACCACGCGAGCGAUCACGGUCACUGGGCGUAACCACCCGCCCUA